CAAAGCUAUAAAUUGAAGACACUACAACUUCCUAAUCAUCUCUCCCUCUGUGCAUGCGUCUCUAAGCAAUAUGGCGAUCCAAAAGCACAUUGCACUUCUUCUACAACUUUUCUUUGUUGCUCUUGUCUUUGACAUCGCCAAUGGCUAUCCGCUAAAAUUAGGGUUCUACCAAAAGACGUGUCCCAGAGCUAAAGCUAUUGUAAAAAGGACAACAGCAAACUACAUUUAUCGUGCUCCUUCUCUUGUUGCUGCUUUGCUACGAAUGCAAUUACAUGAUUGCUUUGUGAGGGGAUGUGAUGGUUCAGUGUUGAUAAACUUUACUAGAAAAAACCAAGCCGAGAAAGACGGAAUUCCAAAUCUUUCCCUCAGAGGAUUUCAAAUUAUUGACGCUGCAAAAACUGUUGUAGAAGCCGCAUGUCCUGGUGUUGUCUCUUGUGCAGACAUCUUAUCUUUGGUAGCUCGAGAUGCAAUCCACCAGAUUAAGGGCCCAUAUUGGCCAGUGCCAUUAGGGAGAAGAGAUGGAAGAGUAUCAAUAGCAUCCGAGAGUUUUACACUUCCUGCUCCUUUUGCAAACAUUACUCAACUCAAAGCACAAUUUGUCUCCAAGGGUCUCAUCCUUAAAGACCUGGCAGUUCUUUCAGGAGGACACGCCAUCGGGAUUUCACACUGCUCUACCAUUGCAACCAGGUUGUACAAUUUUACAGGGAGUUCAAAAACAUUCGAUGACGAUUACUACAGUGUUGUCUUGAAAAGGAGAGGCUUGUUUCAGUCCGAUGCUGCACUUCUUAAUGAUAAAACUGCAAGUGCUUAUGUCAAGCUUCAAGCUAAGUCUCAUGGUUACACAUUCUUUAAAGAUUUUCAAGCAUCAAUGGUGAAAAUGGGACAAAUUGGAGUUCUAACCGGCAAGGCCGGUGAGAUCAGAAGACAUUGCGCUCUAAUAAACUAA